AUGGGACAAUCAUUUUAUGAAAAAGAACAAAAGAAGAUCAAAUCAUUAAUAAAAGAACCAUUAUUAGAAUUAAUAUUAAAAUUCCUACCACAUUUACAACCAACAAUUCAAAUAAAAGAUGAUACUUGGGAAAUUGUUGCUAUAGAAUUGACUAAUUUACGAUAUUCAGAAAUAUUAAACUCAAAUAAUACUAAUAAUAAUAAUAAGAAUGGUAAAUCACGAACUUUAUCAUCAUCAUCAUCAUCGCUAUCAUCCUCAGGAAUUAGUAUUAAAAAACCAGUUACUUCAAAUGUGGUUGAUGAAAUUGAAUCUAUGCCUCAGUUGAAUGGUAUUUAUGUUCGUGAAUAUUUUGAAGAAUUAUAUAAAGAAUUUAAAAAAGUUUAUUAUUUUCAACUUUCUGUGAAUAGAUCAGAAGCAUUACAUGGUAGACCUAUGAAUGAAUUAGGGUAUGUUGCUAAAGAUAGAUGUGAUGCAAUAUUGUAUGAAUUAUUGAAAUUAGAAUAUAAAGAUGUUGAAUUGAUGUCAAAGAUUAGUCAAGAAAAAUUAGAAGAAAAAUAUAGGAAUCAAUUGGAUAAAUUAUAUAAUGUUUCAAAUGAAGAGGAAAAUGUUGUUAAAGAUGAUAUAAAUGAUGAAAUUCUUGAAUCUAAAGAAUUAUUGGAAAAAUAUAAACAAGGACUGUCAAUUAUUAAAAAUCAAUUAUUACAAGAUGAAAUAGUUAAAAAGGAUAAAAAAUUACAACAAUUAAAAGAUGAAAAUCAAAGAUUAUUAGAAUUAAAUCAUGAGUUAUUAGCAGGUAUGAAUGGGACUGGUCAAAAUAGUUAA